AUUAAUGCUGUCUGUUUUCUGUCCAUAUUUCUACAUGAAGUGGAGGUGUUUAUGGGAUAUUACAGCAGAAGUUCUCCCGGUGUGAAAUUUAGUCAGGAGACUGUAAAUUCUCUGCUCUUUUCUCUUCUUAAUCUGGGUUUACUGAGAGAAUUUUUUGAGGUCACCAACUUGCUUCUCACAUACAAGAGGCUGCCUCCAUCUGAGAUUGUGUUAGCUGUUUUUAAACAUGUGAGGGAAAGAGGACUGAUCAAUUCUGUACCAGAGCUCAUUCUCCUCACCUCAAAGAGUGUCGAGGCUGGAUGUGUUUUCAGUGUUGAUCAGUGUGAGGUCAUGCAGAGACACCUUCAAAUGAUGCAGGUUCCUUGGCAACAGAUGGAUAUUUUCCUCACUGUGAAGUGCCGAGCACUGGCCACUAACCCACACAUCCCAGAGUUGUCUGAUCUGGAACAGGCUGUAGUAACAGUAGAGAUGUUGAAGCAUCAGGAAGACUGGGCUGGUUUGGCACAAGUGUUCUGUGGAGUUUGUGUGGGUUCACACAGUGCUACUGAACUUACCACGUUCUGCUGCUGUGUUACAAUGGCGCUGUUAAAACAGCCCAAAGACAAUCUCUCACUCCCAUAUGAGCUAUUUGCUGAAUCAGUAUGUCAGCAAGUCUCAUUCAAUGAAAUGGUGAAAACUAUCCUGGGCAGAAUCGGAGUCUCGCUGAUCUUUAAGUACCACAGGACACGAGAUUGGAAGAAGGGAGUAAAGCUAGUCACUGUGAUGUUCAGACUGCACAUUACGUUCACCACUCUAAAGGGGCUCAUGGGUAAUGAACAUCGAGUUUCUCGCUGUCAGCUGGUCACCACAGCAACAGAGCUCUUCCUCCACAGCGGGAGUAUUGAGGGAGCUCUAAAAAUGCUGCGAGCUGAUGACUGGUUUGUCACCUCAAACAUGUGGCCUUGUGAGCAGGCUGACAUAAAUAGUCGAAAACGGGUCCUGACUCUCUUAGCUGGGAAAACUUCAAACAGAGACACCUUUGAGAUUCUUACCAACUUGCCCGGAUUCGGGCAACAUAUAAAUGGUGGGCACAUAAAUGAGUAUACUGAAAUGUUCAGGGCUCAUCUACGUCUGUGUGUGAUGAAGCAGACAUUACCGGUUGCUGCAGAUAUUCUUGAGUUCAUGUUAAUACAGGGUAUGGUUCCUGAAACCCUCCAGCUUCAGAGUAUCAUCCAUAAACUGGGCAAGCAGAACAAUUGGAGCCGUGCCAGGGCUCUUUUUAAAUGCGCUCAUUCAGCCGGGUUUUACUCUGCAGUGGUGUUCGAAAGCAACGCUCUGUUUCUGCCCUGUAGUCUCAGUGAGAUUGAGAUGACACUGGCCUUUGAGAUGUUUAUCACCUCUAUCAAAACAAGCCUACAGACCCCUUCUGAAUCCUCUCAAUCACUUCUGAUUAAGCUCAGACGGCAAGCUGAUGCUGCAGAGGUAACGGAGAGUGUGUACUUGGCAGCCAGUUGUCGGCUCCUCUCUGCGGCUCUCAUACCAAACCCCAAGCUGAGUAUCCGCUAUACAGCUGUCAAUCAAAGCCAAGAACAACUCUUUCAACUGGACCGUGGGUCUGCCCACAAAUGGUUUUUACAGAACAAGCGCUGGGCACAAGAAAUAUGGGCAAGCUGACACACUUUCGACCAGUCCCGCUUGUAACUAAUGCUAUCUUUUUUUCUAUGUCUAAUCAAAGGUUACUCUGAGCAAUGCAUGUGUUUCAGUCUGUUAAUUUGAAACUGUUUGCACAUAAUUGUUUUUGUGGUAUUUGUUCAUCUCCUUUUAUAGAUGUUUAUAUAUUUCUUUGUUAAAACGUAAUGAAGGAUAAGAUUUUUUUUGGAGUAGUACAAAUGAAAGGUUUUCCGAAUGAUUCGCUUUGUGUUCUUUUGUUUUAAAGUAUUUGACAUAAAUCUACAAAUACCUUAAAUUUAAAGGAAUCCAAAGAUUUACUCCUGAAGCUGUUUUCACCUGUUACUACACACUUUUCUCCUGUGAGAAGAAAAAGCACCAUGGCCACAUUUUUUUUUUUACUUUUCUAAAAUAAUUGUGAUUAAAUCCAGUUUUUUACUUAAGAAAAAGACACCUUUUGUGCAGUGUAAUUUUUUGUUCAGUCCAUUUUUUUCAUUGUUCCCAUUGGCCACGCAAAUAAAAUAAAUUAUCAUUUUUGUAGUUAACAUGAAAACACUUGAACACAGUCGUUCUGAGAUGCACUCAAAUACAUUAAAAUAAAAGGCAUUCCGUCAUUAGAUCUAAUUUUGUCUGGAUCUCAA